GCAUGCUGAAUGGCGGUGAACUAAAAGCUAGAAGAAGAAGAAUAUACUAUUCAGUUAAGUAGACAACGUUUGGAGCGCUAAAAUGGCAAAUGUGCGCUGUUUGCAAAAAGCAAUACGAUUACAAAAGUUUGUGCUGCCACACAAUGCACAGGGAUGCCUUUUGGCCUCCACAUGUCCCAUCGCCAGGACAGCGUCCUCCUUUCACACACUGCAGCGCCGGCAACGCACGCUGACUCCUGCAGCAUGUUUGACACGCAACUACACCAAAGAUACCGAUAAGCUGGAGGAUUUCCGAGCACGCGAGGAGCAACGCGAAAGGGAACGUGAUGCCGCUGAACAACUGGCGGCCAAAAAAACACAGAGCGAUGCUGGCGGUGGAGGAGGAGUGGGAAUAGGCGGACAAGGAGUGGAGGGAGGACAGCAGAGUCAGCAAAAUGAAGAGCAGGCGGGAAAACAGGCUAAAGUGGAUGGCAUACGUCAUAAGAUACUCGAUGCAGCCAUGGAGCAUGUGCCUCAACAUGGCUGGACCAAGCAGGCCAUUGUCCUGGGUGCUGAAUCCUGUGGCUAUCCCAGCGUUGUCCAUGGCAUGUUUCCCGAAGGUGGCUUUGCCCUCGUCUCCCACUUCAACGGCAAGUGCAAUGCACAGUUGGUGCAGUUCCUCCAACAGAAGACAGAGAAUGGCCAGAAAGAGGUCGGUGAUCCACUCGAUUUUCUGGUGCAAGCUGUGCGCCAACGCUUGGAGAUGAUUGUGCCCUAUAAGACGCAGUGGCCACAGGCCAUGGCUCUAAUUGCCCAGCCCCAACAUGCAUCCACCGCACUGGCUCAGGUCCUGACCCUGGUCGACGAUAUCUGCUACUAUUCCGGAGAUCGUUCCGUAGACUUUGGCUGGUAUACACGGCGCAUUGGACUUGCCACUAUUAUGAAAAUGACGGAGCUUUAUAUGCUGCAAGACACGUCGCCAGGACAUGCCCAGACAUGGGAGUUCCUCAAGAACCGCAUGGACGAGGCUGUCCAGCUGCAGAUGGCUUUAGCCCAGACCGAGGGCAUGACGCAAACAUUUCAACGUUCCUUCAACUCGGCUUUCAUAACGGCGCGAAAUAUACUUGGCCUGGGCUACGGUCGCCAAUAGUAGGUUAAAGAGUUGCAGCUCAAAGACAAAGAGUGUUAUGUAUACAAAAAAAAUAUAUAUACAAAGAUUUACACUAACUAUACAUCGGAUAAUAUCUACACUAUUUUCAUAUGUUUAUUUAAAGCUGGUCAGCUACGUUUAUACAAUGCAGUGCUGUAUAAUUUUCAAAUUUAAAAAUUGCCAUUAAAACUGUUAUCGCACAAUCGAUACCGAGUACCGAAAAA